GCAGCAACCCUUUUUGAGGUUAUGUGAUUUUUUGUUGUCCCCAUUGUUGGUGUCCUCUUUAUAAAAGUGUUUUGCCUGGUUUUUACCAAUUUUCCUCAAAAAGUUUUAUAAAUCUCAAAUCAAAAAUAGCCCAAAAUGACAGAAUAUAGUGCCUCAGGGGCAGAAGUGAUGAUUAAACAGGAGGAAAGUGAGGAAAUUGAGGAAAUGUGUCGUCUUUGUGUUGCAAGAUCAAUCUCCUUCUUCUCAGUCUUCUCGGAAAAUCUUCAAGAACUCCUGGCCACGCAUCUUGGUGUUUCAAUUAGUGAAUCCGAUAAUUGGCCUAAAUUUGUAUGUUCCGGAUGCGUGGAGAAAGUUCAUGAUGUUGUUCACUUUAUUACCACAAUCCGAGAGAGUGAGAAUAUUUUGCGUGAUCUUUUUGGGGAACGUGAGAAUAUCCCUAGGAUUGUCAAUGUACUAUCCGGUGAACAAUGUAAGAGUAUCAAGGAAGAAGUAGAAAAAUCUCCUACCAAUCAGGACAGUGGAAUCCUGAGGCAAAUGCUACUUGGUGAUAUUUCCAAGUGUUCAUACAUUACCCAGAAAUUAUCACUACCUUCACCAUCAACCUCACUUCUCAGAGAUCAAUUGCUGAAGCCUCUCCCAAGCCGUCCCAAGCGUGCUGUACGGUCUUUCUCCAAAGAUCAUCCAAUCAAACGCCGACGACGGAGACGGGCAAUGACUUCUGAAGAAAUAGAAGCUACUCAGGCUCGCAUUGAGAAAUUCUACAGAAUACAAUGUGACAUCUGUAAGGAUAUUUUUGUAAGAUUCCGAGAUCUCGAAGAUCAUUUCCAGGACAUUCACAGUAGAAAGGCCUACAUCAGAUGCUGCAAACUCAAGUUUUCCGGAUUAACCAAUCUCAGCGAGCACAUUCAGUACCAUGCCGAUCCAGAGACCUUUAGAUGCCAUGAAUGUGGGAAAUGUUUCAAGUAUCAAUGUAGUCUGGAUUUUCAUGCUCUGAACACUCAUACUCCGCACGAGAUGAGAAAAUAUCCGUGCCCCAGCUGUCCGCAACGCUUCGUCACUUCGAAGAUGCUGAGGCAGCAUGCGAUAGUGCAUGCUGCCGCAGAUGAAAAGAAGCACAACUGCCCUCAUUGCCAGAGGGCAUUCGAAAGGCUGACCUGUAUGAAGAGGCACGUUAGAACAUUCCACGAAGGAGGCGCCAACAUAAUCUGUCAGGUUUGUGGUAUUCUUUUUCGGGAUACUCAAAUACUCAAGCGCCACCAGAUCGUACAUAAUGAGCAGCAAAGUGUCUCUUGUGAAAUUUGUGGCAAGAGCUUCCAGAACAAGUACAAUCUGACCAGCCACAUGCGUCUUCAUCUGAACUCCAACGAAACGUAUGAAUGUCAUUUUUGCGGCAAGAAGUUUGAUCAGAAAUAUGCCAUAAGAUCCCACAUAAACUAUGUUCAUAUGAAGAAGAGAACGCACAAGUGUCCGAUGUGCCAGAAUGCGUACAAGACUGUUCCGGAACUCAAGGAACACAUGGCUGUUCAUACUGGUGAGCUGAAUUUUCGUUGUAGAUUUUGUGACAAAAUGUUUGUUACAAGAUCUCAAAGGUGUGCUCAUGAGAAGAAUCUUCAUCCGGAGGAUUAUGAAGCAAUUGUGGGUGAAAAGAGGAUUGAGAAAAUUACUUUUGAAAUGUCUGAAAUUCAACCAAUUAAAGAAGAACCUAAUGACUUAUUAUGAAAAAGACUCGACAAUUUUUAGAAGAGCUAAUUUAUAAAAGAACAUUUAGAGAUUUUAGAGAACAUUUUUACAUAUUUGUACGAUUUCUAUGAAUAAUGUUUAGCAGACAUUUUCUCGUAGCAAAAAAAUAAGUGAAAUUAAUUUUGAGUAUGUUAAUUUUUAUUAUUGUGAAUUAGGGCCAAAUAUUUUUAUUUAUGAUUGCAGAAUUUUUUAUAUUUACUUUUUAAUGGACAAAUUGUAAUUAAUAUACUCAGUUUUGAGCACUGAAAAAUCUGCAAAUAUGUGUCUUUUCACUUAAUAAUCUAUCUGAGACUAAAUGUGAAAUUUUAGUGAAUAAAAAAACCUCCCUGAAGCUGGCCGAAG